AUGCAGCUAGGCGUUAUGGCCGAUCUUUUUAACUUGCACCUGAGAUCUGGCGAUGCAUGCAUGGUUCUCUCCGAUCGAUUACCAGGAAAGGUGUCAUAUCCCAAUUCGACGCAGUACGCCAUUUCGAACAACUACUGGUCAGCACCACAAGCUGAGGUUCAUCCAUCAUGCUUCGUAAUGCCUGGAAGCACAGGAGAUGUUUCCGAGAUUAUCAAGACUCUCACUUCUCUCGGAGCACAGUUCACAGUCAAGAGCGGCGGUCACACGGCGUUCGCAGGAGGGUCGAAUAUCGAAGACGGUGUCACCAUCGACCUCGCACGCAUCAACAAGGUGACUGUGUCAGAUGACCGUCAGACCGUGUCUAUUGGACCCGGGAACCGCUGGUACAACGUCUCACAAGUGCUCGAUCCAUUGGGCCUCGCCGUUGUCGGGGGCAGGGUGAACGAUGUCGGCGUCAGCGGGCUUAUCCUAGGAGGCGGUAUCUCCUUCUUCUCGGGCGAGUAUGGAUGGGCUUGCGACAACGUGCGUAAUUUCGAAGUCGUCCUGGCGUCCGGUGAGAUUGUUGACGCCUCCCCGUCUGAGAACCCCGACUUAUACUGGGCACUUCGUGGGGGUGGAGGCUCUAACUUUGGCGUCGUGACCCGGUUCGACCUCGUCGCGUUUGAACAGGGAGAUGUGUGGCUUUACAACCCCAUAUACACUCUAGCUUCGAGUUCAGAUCUCGUGCCCGCAUUCGUCGACCUGAUUGUUGAUGGUCUACCAUCAGACCACGAUGCACACACGUUCUUCGUGAUUGCGAACUUUCCAGGCUAUGGCGACAUCAUUGCGAACUACAUGUACCACAGUAAACCUCCGGUGGUUGCAGAAGAUGUGCCACCCGUCUUCGCUGACGCGAUAGCCGUUCCCGGUGCUGUUUCAACAACGACACUGGUGGCCAACAUCUCUACUCAUAUGAUCAACCUUUCAGAACCCUAUGGUAUGCGCAAGUCGUGGUCAGGUACUUCUGUCUACCUCAAAAAGGCCUCGGCACAGUUCCUUCAGGACAUUAUCCCGUUGUGGCAGGCUCAUGCUCAGGAUCUCAUGGCUGCCGCCGGCGAAACAAACACAACUCUGUCACCUCUGCUCGUAUAUCAGCCGAUCUCAAUCAACAUCAUCGAGUCGAUGCAGAAGAAUGGCGGCAAUGCCCUCGGGCUCGCGCCUGAAGAUGGCCCGCUCGUUCAUAUCCAGGUCACCACGCACUGGGAGACGUCUAAGUUGGAUUGCCUUGUGGAGGAAAGUGUCACGAAGCUGAUUGAUGAGAUUGAUGCUCUGGCAGAGGAGAGAGGUCUUGCAGCAAAGUACAUUUACAUGAACUACGCGGGCAAACAUCAGGAUGUCUAUGGAGGCUAUGGAUCCGAGAACCACGACCGUUUGAAAAAGGUUUCCGAUAACUACGACCCGGAGAGGUUUUUAGAAAGGCUAUGGAGGGGAUAUUUCAAGGCAUGA